UCCAGCAUUGGCUCGUUUCUUUUCUUCUCCAAAUCCAGUUUCAUCACGUCGCAGAUGCUCUCCUUUUUCUUCUUCCACAAAUCCAGUUGUUCUCCUUCCUCUUCUUCCCGAAUCCAAUUUCAUCGCGGCCGACGCUUUUCUUUUUUUUUUUUUUUCUUCUCCAAAUCCGAUCGCCGACGUUCUCCUUCCUCUUCUUCCCCAAAUCCAAUUUUAUCACCGCCGACGUCCUCCUUCCUCUUCUUCUCUAAGCAUAGCGACUGCCGGCCUGCCUCCACCAUCCUAGGGUUUGCGGGAGAAGGUUUGCUGAUGAGGGAAUUGGAAUGAAGUUUGGUGAUGAGGGAAUUGACGAAGGGUUUUUUCAGAAAGCCACUGUGAAAGAAUUUUACGCCCAUAGUGGAAAACAUCAUUCGACACGCUGGCUUCGGUUGACACAUCGGCGGGAAGGGCUCAAUUGAGGCAAGAGCCAUUGUUAGUGCUCUAAACACAUUUCAAUGUUAAUAUUCAAAAGUAUGAUGAAUCCAGUGUCUGUAUUAACUCAAUCAAACUACUUACGAUUGAAGAAACUUCUUAUCUGCACAUGUGCCCCGGUGGGCGUCCCAUUUCCAAAUCGUUCUAAGAUAUGUAUGGUACCAUUCAACCUAUUCUCCAAAUGGCAUUCUGUCAGAAGUUUUGCAGUGGAUACAGUGUUAGGGGAUGGCGGUAUACAGUUUGAAAGACAUGGGACUCCCGGUUUUUUGAAUCAAAACAAUUCCCAAUGGAACUCAAAUGAUCUUGAAGGACAGCUUCAGGAUUUAUUUGAUGAAAUUAUGAAUGUGAUUAAAUUGGGAAAGAAAGAUGAAGCAAUAGAUUUGCUUCAAGCCAAUUAUGAAGCUGUUAAGGAGUAGGUGGAUUCCGGAACUAGAAACGUAGCAGAAGCUGCUGUCCUUGAUGUCUUACUCUUGGGCUACAUGGCCAUCGGAGACUUACAGACUGCCCAGAUCGUAAUAGAUGAGUUGCACAAGAUCGUGAAUGAGUUAAACGAUGACGAAAUGCUUGUUGAUUCAAUACUCAUGCAUAUGGGAAGUAUCUAUGCUAAGUUGGAAAAGUUCGAUUAGUCCAUUUGUGUCUACAGAAGAUGCCUCCAAAUUAUGGAAAGAAAAUAUGGUAGUUGAACUUCAACAGGAAGUAAGAGCUCUUUCCUUUGCACGCCAUUACUGGGAAUGGCAAAAGCUCUAGGAAAUAGCAGAAGGGCCCCUGAAGCAUUGGAAAUAUAUCAGAAAAUUAUUAACAUAUUAGAAUCUUGCACAUGGAAAAAUUUCAGAUGCUGAGCACCAAUUCAAUAGGAUUCUAAAGAUUUACACAAGAAUAUAUGGACAAAAGGAUGGUAGGGUCGGAACAGCAAUGUGCUCCUUGGCCGACGUAAAAUGUGCAAAAGGAGAUGUGAAUGAAGCUAUUGACCUGUACAAGAGUGCCCUCCAGAUCCUCAAGGAUUCAAAAGGUGUGGCUUUCGACGACAAAGAUAUGGAGAAGAUGAGAAUAGACUUAGCUGAACUACUUCAUGUUGCAGGGAGGGGAGAAGAAGGCCGAACCCUGUUGGAAGAAUGGUUGUUCAUAACUGAGAAAUAUAAAGGAAAAGGACAUCCCAGCUUAGUACCCAAUCUUGUAAAUCUCGCAACCUCCCAUUCGCGCUCCAAGAAUUUUGCUGAAGCUGAACGCUUACUGCAAAUAGGUCUACAGAUAAUGAUGAAGGCUGCACCCGCUGACGAUCCAUCUAUUACCUUCCCCAUGUUACAUUUAGCUGUUGCCCUUUGCAAUCUACAUCGUGACGAAGAAGCAAAAAAACUUGCAUUAGAUGCUUUGCUCAUCCGUGAAAAAGCAUUCGGAAAGGAAUCUUUACCUGUUGGAGAGACUCUUGAUUAUUUGGUGUCCAUUCAAACUCGACUAGAUGAAGACGACAUUGAAUUGGUUGAGAUGCUCAAGAGGGUUUUGAAAAUCCAGGAAAUAGCUUUUGGCCAUGAUAGCAAACAGGUUGUGGAAACUCUGAAGAAACUUGUAUAUUACCUUGACAAAACGGGAAAGAAAACUGAGAAAUAUCAUCUGGAAAAGGGAUUGUCUGCUCUAAGAAACAAGUUCAAACAGCUUUUCAUUCAAAGUCGAGUUCCGGAACUUCGACUCGCCUGCCGCAAGAUAGCUGUAUAUCAAGGAGGUAUAUGUGAAAGCAUUGGAAAAAGGGCUUCUCUGGUGCACUAUUGCAGUUCGAUACAAAGGUAUUGAUGAAAAAAGCUUCAGCAUAACGGCAGAUAUAAAGGAAAAGACUUCAACGUAUCGGUGGAUUCAAAUUUUAAGGUAUCUUGCUUCCAUUAUUUGAAAAAAGUUGACUUCAUAUUUGACAAAAAUAAUGUGGCAAUUUCAAGCUAAUAUUACUCCAUCCAUCACGCAAAGAAUUAGUGCAUGUUUUUGCGAAGGAGGGAGUAAUAUUAUUUUGAGCUGGGUCAGGCCAUUUUAAAAUUCAAGCCCAUAAGCCCGGCCUGAUUUUGCAUUGGGGUUGAAAAUCCAAACCAAGGCAUGGCCCGGUUUCAAAUUAUACCGGGCCAUGCCAACCCAACCCAGAUUUUUAAUAUCAAAUUUUUAAAAUAAAUUGUGUCUUUUUUUAUUAAACAAUAAAUUAUAUUAAUCUAAAUUGAUAUAAUUAUGACAAAAUAUUUUUAUUGAUAAUUAAGAAACUAAAUAUUAAUUAAUUAUUAAUUUUAUGUUAAAGUUCAUAUUAUAUUAAAAAAAUAUUUUUACUUACCUUAUUUUAAAAAUUUGGACCGUGCCUAGCACGUAAAAAUUUGCGUAGACCUCGAAACGGUUUGGUUAUUCAACCAUGCUGGGCUGGCCCGACCUAUAUAGAGUUUGGAUCUAAUUUUUAGACCAAAAUCUUUAUUUUUUCGUGUCGUAUAUGGAUUGGAUAGUAGUAGACUCUACAUAAACUUUACCUACAAACUAAAUACACUAAAAAAUAAGUUAGGAUAAAUGGAAAGCGUAAAUUAAAAGAAAAAGUAGGAGAUACUCCCUAUUAUGGGUUCGGUCAAUAUCCUUCGAGUUCGAAGGAUAUUCGCGGAUCCUCUCGUCUCCCAUAAGCUUUACCUACAAAAUAAAAACACUUUAAAAACAAGUUAGUAUAAAAUUUAUGAACAAAUUUAAUGCAUGCAAGUCCCGGGAUAUGCAAGAAAAUAAAAUAAAUGAAAAGCGUAAAUUAAAAGAAAAACUAGGAGAUACUCCCUAUUAUUGGAUAUCCUUCGAGUUCGAAGGAUAUUCGCGGAUCCUCUCGUCUCCCAUAAGCUUUACCUACAAAAUAAAAACACUUAAAAAACAAGUUAGUAUAAAAUUUAGGAACAAAAUUAAUGCAUGCAAG